AUGAAGUUCGCCGCUGUCGCUAUCUUCUCCCUCGCUGCGGGUGUCUUCGCUCAAGUCGACCCCGAGCACUGCGGUCCUCAGUAUGGCAACUUGGUUUGCAAGGACAACAACUGCUGCUCUCAGUACGGAUGGUGCGGUAGCACCAAGGACCACUGCGAUGCCUCCACCUGCCUGAAGUCCUUCUCUGCCCCCGGCUCAUCCUGCGCACCCAAGGCCUCCACUACAAUGAAGACCACCACGAAGGCCUCCGCACCCACAUCUCCCGCGCAGACCUUCCCCGCCUCAGUCCCCGUCAUCGACGUCUGCGGCCACGCCCAGGGCGGCGUCACCUGCCCCGGCGCCGGAGCCAACGGCUACUUCUACCGCUGCUGCUCGUCUGCCGGCCACUGUGGCCCCAAGAACGAUAUCCAGGACCAGUCUCUCUACUGCGGCGAUGGCUGCCAGGCCGGCUUCGGAAAAUGCGACACCCAGAAGGCUCCGUCCGAGCCCACAGUCGCCCGCGGCGCUGAUUCCGGCGAGGGCGAGACUUGUGGCCCGAUAGUAAACCGCAAAUGCCAGGCUGGAUUGUGCUGCUCUGGAUCGAACUUCUGCGGUACCGGCGAGGAUUUCUGUGGUGCUGCCAACUGGUGCCAGAAGAACUGGAGUGGAUCGACGAACCUGUGCAAGGUUUAG